AUGGCCACAACACACGGGCCACUAAGCUCUGGAGAUGAUGAAGUGACAACACCACGCUCAAGAGCACCAGCAACAAACCGGGAGCCCACCUCACAGGACAUCACAACCAAAGAGGGCACAUCAUCGGACGUUAUUCAAGCCGAUGGCGAUGUUGAUGUCAACUACACGCCCCCAUGGACAGAGCCCUAUGUGAUUGGUAUUGCCGGUCCGUCAGGCUCUGGCAAGACCUCAGUUGCUUCGAGAAUCAUCCACGAGAUCAACACGCCCUGGACAGUGCUGCUGUCGCUGGACAACUUCUACAGACCUUUGACCCCCAAGCAGCUGGAGAUGGCAUUCGACAAUGAAUACGACUUCGACAACCCCAACGCAGUCGACCUGGACUGCUGCUACGAAUGCGUCAAAUCGUUGAAGGGUGGCCAUAAGACCCAGAUACCGAUAUACUCCUUCGCCAAGCACGAUAGGGAGAAGGACAGAUGCAUCACCAUCUACGGGGCCAACGUCAUCAUCAUUGAGGGAAUCUAUGCUCUGGCACACGAAAAGCUUCGUGAUCUGAUGCAUCUCAAGAUCUAUGUGGAUACAGACUUGGAUGUGUGUCUGGCAAGAAGGCUGAACCGUGAUAUUGCUCAGAGAGGCCGUGAUCUACAAGGUGCCAUUCAACAAUGGACGAAAUUUGUGAAGCCAAACGCUGAAAGGUACGUCAAACCUACCAUGAGCCACGCAGACCUUAUCGUGCCCAGAGGCUCAGAUAACGUGAUUGCCAUUGACAUGCUUAUCAGGCACAUCAAGAAGCACCUGGCGUUGAAGUCAGAGGCUCAUCUACAAAAGAUUGAGAAACUCACAGGCAAGUUAUCAUUCACAAAGGAAAACUAUCCAAAUCUACAAAUCUUAGAGAACACUCAUCAAAUGAGAGGAAUAUACACAAUAUUGCUGGACAGGGAAACCUCUAUGGAUGAUUUCAUCUUCUAUUUCGAUAGAGUUGCCAUGACGUUGAUCAACAAGGCAUUGGAGUCUUGCACAGAGUAUAGAGAAGUGGUUGUGGAGACCCCAUUGACGGCAAUGAAAUCUGUCAUUCCAAGCUCGAAGUUUGUUGCAGUGAACAUCGUCCGUUCAGGCGACUGUUUUAUGCAUUCUUUGAGAAAGACCUUGCCAGAGGUUGCCAUUGGCAAGCUCUUGAUCCAAUCAGAUGCCACCACAGGCGAGCCACAGCUCCACACCGAGGCUUUACCUCAGAGCAUUGAUGAUUCAAACGCCAAAGUUCUGUUGUUUGAUGCCCAGAUAAUAUCAGGAGCUGGAAUCAUAAUGGCGAUUCAAGUGCUUGCGGAUCAUGGUGUAAAACCCCAGAACAUUGUCGUCAUCACCUAUCUCGGCUCUGAGGUUGGGCUGAGUAGAAUCAUGAGAGCGUUCAAAGACGUUACAGUCGUUGUUGGCAUGGUUGGCUACAGAGAUAACAUUUCAAAGGAACCAUGGUUUAGAAAGAGGUUUAUUGAUUCCAAGUACUUCGGUACAUAA